AAAAAAUAUUGCGUGAUUAUCACGUAAUUACUAUGUUACAAAUGCUGAAAAUUGUUCAAGUGUUGCUGCAUUUGCUUUAAUUGGUGACAAACGAGUUAAAAAUGGCAGAAUAUCAAAUAAAAAUGUUUGUCACAUUUUUUCUACUAGCGCCAGUAACAAUUUCAAACACGGAAUACAUUCCACCCGGCCCUGCAUAUCCGUGCCCGAAAGAGACAGAGAAUCAUCUUCUGUACCCUUGCGUGUGUGAGAAAGGGACGGAUAGUGGUUUGUAUGUGCGCUGUGAAAACAAUGGAUUGGCUGUUUUGAGUGUAGGGUUGGGUAAUAUCGCUGGCAUGGGGUUGCCAAUUGAAAAAUUGGUUUUGAAGGAGUGUAAGAUUUCCCAUCUCUUCGGCCCUCUAUUCCAUCGUUCAACUAUCAGAGUCUUACACAUCGAAGACACGCCGAUUAAAUCUAUAGACCAGUAUGCGUUUUCUGGAGUCAACAGGACUCUUCAGGAGUUGCGGUUUACCAAUACCAGGAUUGAGGAGUUUCCUAAGGAAGCUUUUAAGAUCCUCGGUAACCUAUCGAUCCUGUCCAUAGACGGGCAUCAAAUGACGACACUCUCCAAAGAUAUUUUUGCUGGCAGCGAGGCGGUAGGUAGGCUGGAGAAACUGCAUCUUAUAAAUGGUAUGAUCGCUGACUUUGCUCCAGAAACCUUUCAGAACUUGAAGAAACUGCGUACCUUAGACCUUCAUGGCAACAGGCUAGUUAACUUAAAAAGAAGUCAGUUCAAAGGACUUCGGGAUGCCGAAUUACUGGACAUAAGCUACAAUAAUAUAACAAAGUUGGAUGGAUCACAUAUUGGAGACCUAACUAAGUUGGGUUGGUGCAAUGCUAGCCACAAUCAGUUAGCUGACAUACCGAGAGGUAUGUUUGCAAGAAACACGGUGCUUAAAGUAUUACAUUUGGACAAUAAUAAAAUUAAGAAGUUGGACAUUAAUAGCUUUAGAGGAAUGAGGUUUUUGAGACGCCUCUACCUGCAAGACAAUCAAAUCUCUGAAGUUGGUCGAGGCACUUUUGGGUCAUUGACACGGAUCGGUACAGUUGACCUCGCGAGAAACAGAAUCGACAAAGUCGACUUUCAGAUGUUCCAGGCAGUUAAAUAUGCCGAGAUAAUAAACCUAUCCGAGAACCAAAUAAAGAUAAUCGAAACCCAAGCCUUCACUGACCUCUAUCAAGCUGUCGUAAACAUAUCCCACAAUGCUCUGACCAAGAUUGAAGCGAACUCCUUUGUGAACUGCAACAAUAUGACCGUUUUGGAUUUGAGCCAUAACAAUUUGAAGAAUAUCACCAAAAACGCCUUCGACGAGAACAGUUACGCGUCUGAAUUUAUUGUCACUUACAAUGAAUUCGAGGAUUUUGGUCAGAUUCCAAUUCAAAACAUGACUGGCAUCCGUAUUUUGAAUGCCUCUUACAACGUGAUAACACACAUACCUAAACUGGCUUUCCCCAAACUGUACGAACUUCACACAGUGGACAUUUCUCACAAUCAAUUGUUGGAGAUUUCUAAUGCUGUCUUUCAGAAUCUGUUCUCUUUACGAUUCCUAAAUUUGAGCCACAAUGCAAUGGAAGCCAUAAAACCUUCAACAUUCGGCACCGUACCAACGGUAUUAGAAUUGGAUUUGUCGCACAACAAAUUGAGAGACGUUUCCAGAGGGUCUCUUGCUAAAUUGGCGAGCUGUCGACUAUUGGAUAUCAGUUAUAAUAAUCUGGAGAAGAUCUUUCAAAUUCCUAUUAGUUUAGGGGAGUUAAAUUUUGCACAUAACAACUUGUCAGAGAUCAAGUACAAUACUUGGCCAACGAUGAACGCCUUGUUGCGGCUCAAUCUGUCUAACAACAAUUUGGAGGACAGAUUGUCAAAAGACAGUUUCUCCGGUCUCCUGACCCUGCAAUCCGUGGAUCUAUCGCAGAACGGUCUCACCAGACCGCCAUGGGAAGCUCUCAACACGCUCACCAGCUUGCAGUAUUUGUACAUGCAGUACAAUAAUUUGACAUCGCUCUCUAAAUCCGCCUUCGGCAAUCUCCCUACGAUGUUCCACCUGGACCUGUCUCAUAACCAGCUGUCCACUAUUGAGCAGGGCUCUUUCAAGGGCAUGCUGCAGCUGCUGGAUCUCUCCUUGAGAGGCAAUCGUUUGGAAUAUAUACGUAAUGAGGCUUUUAGUGGAUUAGUUGCUUUAAGAAAAUUGGACCUGUCAUACAAUCAAUUGGAAAAGAUAGACAAUAAAACUCAUGGCUUAUUAGAAGACUGCCUUUCUUUGGAAAUGGUAAACCUUAGUCACAAUAACUUCGGUUUUCUGACCAAGAAGAUGUUCCCAUACAGCCAAUGGUACCCAUACAAGGUGUCUGAAGUGGAUCUAAGCUACAACGCUAUACCAGUGAUCACGUUUGACAUAACCAUAGGAGGAAAGAGCUUCAAGAAGCUGAAUCUCGCUGGGAAUAUUAUUAAUGAUAUUAGAAACAACGUUCUUGGAAAUCUGACAUCGUUGGAAGUCUUGGAUCUAUCAAAAAAUAGAUUAACCAGCUUAAUAUCCUCAACUUCGGAUCUAAAAUUCAAUCUACCCUCAAACAUAACACAUCUUUAUCUCCAAAACAACCAACUCCAAAAAUUACCAAUUGACAAGUUAGCUGGUGCUGACAAACUCAAAGUGCUGGACGUGAGGAAUAACCAGCUGGUCAGCAUUGAACCUGAGCUGGUGAGAAAGAUCAAGGGACGGGGAUUGCAGCUUUAUUUUGAAGGGAACAAUUUACAUUGCGACUGUUUCACACGCCCUCUGCGACAUUAUAUAAAUCACCUAUCCCCCACAGCCUUUAAAGCAGCUACGUUGUACCAUAAUCUCACCUGCGCUGAACCUUUAUCGUUACAAAAUGAAAAUCUACUAAACGUAGAAGAAGAAAGACUAUUGUGUAAUGGCAACACUGAGUUGGAAAAGAUUAAGGCGUAUACUAAAAGUGAUGACGGUUUAUUCGAUUUUGAGUCUGAACCCGAUUUGGUUUUUAGAGACGUUCAGUUCUCCCAGCAAUCAAUUUAUGUGACCUGGUACGUAAAAACAACCCAAGAUAUCGCCGAUACCUAUAUUUACAUUCGGGACGAGAAAAAUGAACUACACUACACCAACACAAUUGCGUACAACCUGCGUACUGUAACCAUUGCCAUAGAUAAUGAACUCAAAAUGUCAUUACAAAAAGGCGGGAACUUUGACAUUUGCAUUCAAGCAAAAACGUCAAAUGGGUUUGGCAGGAAAUGGUAUAAAAGUCAAUGUCAAGCAAUGCCAAAUGAUUUUUCAAAAUGGCCGAAAAAAAUUAAUCUAAAUAAAAGGAACAAUAGAAGACAUAAAAUCAAGUUAGUAAACAGUGUGUUAGGUUUGGUUAGUGAUUCUAUAUUAAUAACUUUGUGUAUAUUUUUAGGAGUAUGUUUUAGGAAGUUGAAUGAUGUCGAAUUAUAAAAAGUAUUGAUAAAAUCCUAUUUGCGACGUUAUAGAUAGAUCUUUCUGUUUCUUCAAAAAACUUUGCGGUAUCAGUAAUGUACAAUUCACACUUGACGGAGUAGAUU